AUGUACGUCUACCUCGCAUUCCACCAUGGACGGCCGAAUCUCGCGCUGCCCCGCGGCCUGCGCCCGCGGUGCUACCUCACCGCGUCAACGGCUCCUGCGCCGCCCACGCCGAAUCCACGGACGCACCGUCGGGCAACCUACAGCUGUCGCACAUCCUACAGGCUGUCGCGCUCCAUCAUAGAAACUUCUAUGAAUGAUAGUGUGCUGCAUGGAGCACUACCUCAUUUUAGUGAUGCCCUUCCUAUGAGUUCGUUUAUAAAUCUACCCGUCCUGUUUGAUGAUGUUCAUGCAAUCACCGUACAGCCUUUUCCUGGUUAUGAUAAUGAUGGCUACCACUCUACUUACAUUCUUCUGAACAUUGCAAUAGACUGCGAUUUCUGUAUUGCCUUCACUAACAGGCAUCAAGUUCUCUGGGAGGCAUGGCGCUGUUCUGAUGCAACACUUAUUGUGCCUUUCGACCAGUACGACAAUAGACAACUCAAGAUUUAA